GAUUUAUACACAUUGACUUCCUCCAUCAUUGCUCAAGGACUUUCUAAUGUGUGACUUCUCAUGCUACGACGGAGUAAGCCCCGAGUGGCUUGCCCUCGAAGUAUCCUUGCCGCCGGCACCAGUACCAGAAUUGCCGAUCCCGGAGAUGAAAAGAUUGGCAAACAGAGAACGAGAAGCCAUCGCAAGAACCUCAAUGAUCAAACUCGCCCUUCGGUUGCAGAUACAGGACCACAGCAUUCCCUCUCGCGAUGGAAGUACCAUACCAGCCAGGAGUUACCGACCAGUCAAUGCACCAGACGAUGUCUUGCUACCGCUGUAUAUUCACUUCCAAGGCGGUGGUUUCAUGUUCGGUACACUAGACGCUGAAGAUGCGAUAUGUGCACGCAUAGCAAUUGGGUCUAAUGUGGCGGUUUUGAAUGUGGAUUACAGACAUACGCCGGAGUUUACGUAUCCGACGCAGUGGAAUGAUGCUCAAGAUGCCUUCGAGUGGGCUCACGAUAACAUGAACAAGAUGUUCUGGGACCCUUCAAAGGUCAUCAUCGGUGGGAUAUCAGCUGGUGCUUGGGUAGCUGCAUCUUUCACAUUGCAAAAGCAUCUGAAUAGGACAACAGAGCGAAGGUCUCCUAUCGCAGGCCAAGUUCUCAUGAUUCCCUGUCUAGCCCACGUUGAUUGCUACGAGCCGCAGCUGAGAAAGAUGGAGAACGAAUCUAUCUCAUCUUACAAGACAAAUUUAUCCGCACCGAUGUUAUCCGUCGAAGAACUUCGCUGGUUCACGAGUCUGUUGAAGAUUGAGAACCCGGAUGUCAAUGAUUUAAAGAUCAACCCAGGAAAUGCAUCACCAGAACAAGUUAAAGGCAUGCCUCCUACUGUACUUGGUGUCGUAGGCCUGGAUCCUCUUAGAGACGAGGCCCUUCUGUAUGGGAAGAUGCUGUCAGAAGCCGGGUGA